AUGGUUAACAGUAGAGGAGAUUUCGAAAUAUCUGUCCAGCUCACCGAUGGUAUGUUCAGGACAAGCACAGUUGACAUGAUUGGCGAUAUACGGGAAAGCCUUUCUGACGAAUCUCCUGUAACACGUGGUGGAGCUCUCUUGAACGUUAGCCGUUUGAUCCGAGCCAGGAACGUAGACAUCCUCAUGGAACUUGACAAAUGGCUAUUUAAAGCGAUGAAAGAAGCCAUUGUGGAUCCGGAUUCCUAUGUUUACCUGGCAGCCAUUAAUGCCCUUGCGGAAGCCGCUUGUUAUGGCUCGACGUACUUGAGGGAGUUGGUCGCGCUGUUCAAAUCUUUUCGUAGUUUAGAAGAGAUACCUAAGGAUGAGGAUGCUGAAACUGAGGCUCCCAGUUCUGCAGAUUCUGAGAUGGUUGUCCGGUCGAGGCUCUGCGAAGUUUUGGGGAAAGUUUUUCGAGUGCUUGGAGACAUGAGCCCCGUUUGGAUGGAUGAGUCCGCGGGAGUGUUUUUGAGUUGUCUCAGUGAGAAUGAUGAGAUUAUCAGAGCAAGUGCCUUGUCAUCAUUAGCUGAACUUAUUUUAGCUUGUCGUGGAAAGAACAUCGAAAAGUAUCUGGAAGAGAUUUUCUAUGCUGUGGAGAAAAUGCUCACGGCCGACCCCAGCUUCUUAGUGAGACGUGCAGCAGUGAAUUUACUGCGCCAAAUUAUCAAGUCCUGUGAUACUGCUUUGAUAGAGGUUAUUGGUGAUCGUUUACGGGAUUUACAUCGGGAUUUGGUUCGUCUCUGGCGAUGGGAUUCUGAUCACGUUGUUCGGCUACAUGCGGAACUUGCCCUCGAAGAGCUUCGUGCUAUAAUGAAAUCUGUCAUCACCCAGGAAACCUCUUGCCCGCGACGGAUCGUUUUGUGA